AUGGCUGAGGAGAUUGCUUCCCUUGAGUGCACUGGCACGUGGGAUAUUGUUUCUCCUCCCCGUGUUUGUUCCAUCACCUGCAAGUGGGUCUACAAGCUUGAUGUCAAGAAUGCCUUUCUUAAUGGUGAGUUGCGUGAGGUCUACAUGCAGCCACCGCCAAGGUAUUCUGCUCCUGACGGCAUGGUUUUGUCGUCUCCGCUGUUCGCUGAGAAGUACAUUCAGGAUCUUCUUGCUCGUAUUGCUCUUACUGAUGAACACAUUGUUGAUACUCUGAUGGAGCUCAAUGUCCAUCUUCAUGCUUCUGAUGCGUCGUCCACUGUUAAACUUAUGUUUCUAAGAUCAAUCAACACCGAGGGAGAAGUCAAGAGCAAAGAGUACAUCCGGGACAAGCUUUGUGAGAUCAUUGAGUUUGUUGGACCAGCCAAUGUUGUCCAAGUGAGCACUGAUAACGCAGUCAACUGCAGGGGCGCUGGUUUAUUGGUGCAAGAAAGGUAUUCUCACAUUUUCUGGACUCCAUGUGUUGUUCAUACCUUGAAUCUUGCCUUAAAGAGUAUAGCUUCAGCUAGGACUGAGAAUGAUCCUCAGUAUGAUUCUUGCAAUUGGAUCCAUGAGAUUGCAAAAGAGGCCACCCACAUAAGAAAUUUUAUCAUGAAUCACUCAAUGAGUCUGUCCAUGUUCAAUGAUCAUAGUUCUCUAAAAUUACUUGCUGUGACUGAAACAAGAUUUGCAUCUCAAGUUGUCAUGUUGAAGAGGUUUCAAGAAAUUAGAGAAGCUCUUACAUUGAUGGUGGUUAGCCAAAAGUGGUCUGAUUAUAGGAAUGACAAUGUGGAGGGUGCACGGUUGGUGAAAGAAACAAUCCUUAAUGAUGAUUGGUGGGUGAGGGUCAAGUACCUCCUUGAGUUCACGGAGCCUAUUUACUCCAUGAUAAGUGCAGCCGACACGGACAAACCAUGUCUCCAUCUAACAUAUGAGAUGUGGGAUAAAAUGAUUGAGAAGGUGAAGUCUAUAAUCUUUAGACAUGAAGGUUUGCAACCACAUGAAGAAUCUCCCUUCUUCUCUCUUGUGGAAGAAAUCUUGAUCUAUCGCUGGACAAAGAGUAAUACUCCAUUGCAUUGCUUGGCUCACUCACUUAACCCCAAGAGAUCACUGGAGUACAACAAUGGCCCGUCCAGAUUCUGGGACAUUGGAGGAGAUAGCUAUGAGCUAUUUGUUGGUGGUGCUGAUUUCCUACAGGAAGCUGAAUUCUCAUUGGAUGAACCAGAACUGGAGGCUUUGCUGCAUGAUAUUGGUGCAUUGGACAUUGAGGAGAAUGAAGCCAUGGAGGAGUAG